ACCAGUCGCACGCGCAGGCCGGUUCAGUACGUUUACGUGUACGUUAACGUUACGUGUUUUAUUGUAUUUUUGAUAAUAAUGUUAUUUAAUAUAUUCAACUGGAGCAGUAUGCGCGUGUGGUGCAUCCUGUCUUUGCUAUUUGGACAUUGCGUUUGUAAGGUCUAUUUUGAUAAAUUAGACCGGUAUAUAAUAUCCUGUCACACAACGGACUUCGAGUGCUUCAAGCGGCAGUACAAGGCGCUCAGAGAUAAUGUGCUGCUGGGCAACGACAGGCUGGGCAUUCCCACUUAUGAGCACUACGUCUUUGCCUACGGAGGAGGCACCUGCGUCAAGCUGACGGGGCUGGAAGAAAGUGAAUUGGCGGCCAUUAAGUUUGAUAGCGAACAGAAGAAAUUGACUCUGGUGCUAGAACUGCCGCUGAGGAUACAACAAGUCAAGGAUACCAUCAAAAUAUGUGCCAGACCUGAUAGAGAAUUCAACAUCGUUCAACCGCAGAAGAGUCCAUUGAUGAGGUUCACCGGCAAUGCGACCAUAGGGAUAACAUAUCCAUAUAAACUGAAGAAGAAGAAGGGCAUGGUAUACCUGCAGCUUGAAGACGAGAACCUGGAUGUGAUCCUCGACAUUCCAGAUCUGAGCCACUUCCAUCUCAACAGCGAAGUUGAAGGUAAUUAUGAUGGGUUUUGGCUAAAUUGUAUGAGUGGUCCGAAUGGGCGUAUGAGGUAG